AUGGCGAUAUCUUCGUCUGAACUCGCGUUAACUGGUCAAUACCCCCCGAUUUCGUACGUGAGCAUCGAGGACUUGCGCGAAAAGCUCGCGGCGAAAUAUGAGACAUUAACACGGGAUGGAAAGUCCCAACACCUGGCCUUCAAACCGGUAAAAAGGUCCGAGUACGACGAAAUUGAAUCCAAACGCCUAAGCCUUGGGCAUGUCCGUUUGACUUAUUUCGAAGACAUUGAGGUUUUGAUCAUCAAAGUUCCGUCCCGACCCCAAGAAAAGGCCCACGCCAAUCUUGGGUCUUUUUUGAGAAUUGAGCUUCAUGAUAUGCGUGUCGGAGUCAAAGAGUUCUCUGGACUUGGCUCCGCGACGUAUAUCGGCCCCACAGCAUCAAGAAAAGAAGCAGACGCAAGCUGGAUCAAUGACAAUCUUAGGCCUGGUGGUUGGCCGUAUCUUGUGAUAGAAGCUGGAGCAUCUGAGUCAAUGCACAGACUCCGAGCCGAUGCUUCGUGGUGGUUCGCAAACUCAGGAGGUCAGGUACAGAUAGUACUGCUCCUCAGGGUCACAGUGACAACAAAACGCCUCGAAAUCGAGAAACGAGUGCCACGCCUGGUCACUGUCACUGGUCCAGCCACCCGCCAGCGUUCUCGUGAUCCGCCAGGGACUUAUCACUCGGAAAAGGUUACAACUAUCCACAUCAACAAGGGCGCCAAUCCUCCCACCAUCCAGGGAGCCCCCUUGGUCCUCGAGUUUGACAAAGUGAUUGGUUGCGCGCCAAAUCAGCCCUUAGAGCACAACAUUACUCUCACGGCAGCCCAGUUUCUGAAAUGGGCGGAUACCAUCUUCAUCUAA